AUGAAACUGAACACGAACCUGGGAGCCUUCUCACCAGACACGAUCCUGGCGCAAACGCAGCAAGACUCACAGCAGUACGCAGGUGGAAGUUACGCUAUGCAGUCGAGGAAGAGCAGCCACGUGAAGUCGAAGGAUGAUAGCGAGCGACAUAUGAAGAUCCGACCAGACGGAGCCGUGCACAAAUCAUCGAUCGUCAGUCCACGAGCGGACGAGCGGAGUGUUUCCAGCGACGAUAGUACUGGCCUGAUCAUCAAGAGGACAGUAGAGGUCAGCUACUCACAAGGGCCUUGA